AUGGAUGUUGAAAUCGUUGAAUAUCACCUUUUAAAUUUUGGAUUUGUUGAGGACUAUUUUGUUUGGGAGUAUCAAGGGGAAAAAGAUGUGAUCGGUGAGAUAGCUUCUGGUAAUGAUUUGCAUGAUGGUUAUCAACCCGAGUCCCAAAGAUUUUACAAUUUGCUACAAGCUGCUGAUGAAAAAUUAUAUCCCGGUUCUUCUCUCUCUCAACUUGCAGUAGUCUCUAGAAUGUUAAAUAUUAAAAUGGAGAAUACUUUGUCACAGAGAGGUUAUAACCAAAUGAUACAAUUGUUGAAAGACGCUUUACCUGAAGAUAACAAAGUGCUUGAUAGCUAUUAUCAGACUAAGAAACUAGUGCGUAGUUUGGGUUUGCCAGUUGAAAAAAUUGAUUGUUGUGAUUCAGGAUGUAUGUUGUAUUGGGGUGAUGAUGAACACCAUACAUGUUGUAAAUUUUGUGGUAACCAGAGGUAUAAGCGUCGUGUCGGCUCUCGUAAGAGGAAAUUGGUCCCUUACAAGAAAAUGUAUUAUUUUCCUUUGAUUCCUAGAUUGAAAAGAUUAUAUGCAUCCCAUGCUACAGCUGCCGACAUGAGAUGGCAUCAUGAGCAUACACAAGAGGAUGGGGUAAUGCGUCAUCCAUCAGACUCUGAGGCUUGGAAGAACUUCAAUGAAACUCAUUCUUUUUUUGCUGCUGAACCAAGGAAUGUAAGGUUAGGGUUAUGUACUGAUGGUUUCCAACCGUUUAAUCAAUCUGAGAGGAAAUACUCUUCGUGGCCAGUGAUUGUCACCCCAUACAAUUUGCCUCCAGGAAUGUGUAUGAAAGAGAUGGAACCAAAAGCUUCAGAAGCAGAGGUGAAAGAUCCUUCAGAAGCAGAGAUAAUUUCUCGACUAGAAGGUAACAAAAGGCGAGUUGCUGAUUCAAGUAUUCCCUCUCCUCCAAAAAAGCACAAAAGAACAACACUGGCUGAAACUAAUCUUGGCAUUGAAACGGGAAGGGAAACAUCUCAAAUUUGGAAAUACUUUUCCAAAUGUAUUGAUAAAGAUGGUAAGCGAAAGGCCUCGUGCAAUUAUUGUGCUAAAAAAUUUUCUUCUGAUAGUAGGACAAAUGGGACAACUACAUUAUGGAAUCAUUUGAAUAAUACUUGUAAAAAUUCCCCUUUUAGAUUCAUUGACAGGAAGCAAGGGAGAAUCAGGUCUUACUCUAUUGAAGGAGGGGGACAAGGAGGUAAUAGUGGUACUGGUAAGAUGGAAAAAGUCGUGUUUAAUAUCAAUGAAGUGCGAAAGGCUAUUGCUGAAUUUGUUAUAAUUGAUGAACAACCAUUUAAAGUCGUCGAAGGGGAAGGUUUAAAGAGAUUGAUGUCACUUAUUUUGCCUAAUUUUGUUUUUCCCUCUCGUAUGACUGUUGCUAGACAUUGUUUGAGAAUCUAUCACGAGGAAAAAGAAAAGCUAAAAAAGCUUAUUAAGAACCAACAUAUAUGUCUCACUAGCGAUACAUGGACAUCGCUUCAAAACCUAACCUAUAUGGUUAUAACUGCCCAUUGGAUUGAUGAUAAUUGGAACUUGCAAAAGAAAAUUCUUAACUUUUUUCAAGUUCCAGAUCAUAAGGGUGAGACAAUUGCAAAGGCGAUCGAGGCUUGUUUGAUAGAUUGGGAGGUUGACACUCCAUUCACCGUGACCCUAGAUAAUGCUACUGCCAAUGAUGCUGCAAUUAGACACUUGAAGGUGAGGAUUGAUGACUGGAAAGGUAUCAUCUUGAACAAUGACUUUCUACAUGUAAGAUGUAAUGCUCACAUUCUGAAUUUAAUUGUAAAGGAAGGGUUAAGUGAUCAUAAUGAGUCCAUUUCUCGGGUCAGGAAUGUUGUGAAGUAUGUUAAGUCCUCUCCUUCCAGAUUUGCUUCAUUUAAGUUGUUUGUUGAAAAGGUUAAAAUAGAUAGUCAUGGUCUUUUGAGUUUAGAUGUCGAAACUAGGUGGAACUUAACAUAUAUGAUGUUGAGUGCAGCUAUUAAGUUUGAAAAGGCCUUUUCAAGAAUGUUUGUUGAUGAUCACAAGUACCAAAAGCGUUGUCUUGAAAUGAAUGGGAGCAGAGGGCAUCCAAGUGGGGAUGAUUGGAAGAAGGUAAAAGGUUUUACAAAGUUUCUCGACAUUUUCUAUCAGAUUACUUUGAAAUUUUCGGGAACUUUGUAUGUUACUUCAAAUUCUUUCUUUCAUGAGCUUUUUAAUCUUCUUGGUUUUAUUAAAAAAAAUUCUCAUGGUGAUGAUUUGGUGUUGAUUGAUAUGGCUGAUAAGAUGCAAGUCAAGUUUGAUAAAUAUUGGGGCGAUUUUGAUAAUAUAAAUAUUUUAUUAUUUGUCGCUGUUGUAUUGGAUCCCCGGUACAAGAUGAGGUAUGUGAAGUUCAUUUUUGCCAAUGCUUAUGGUAGUUUGGUGGGAAAUUUGAGAUCGGAGAAAGUGAUGAAUACUUUAACUCGUUUGUAUCAACAUUACCAAGAUUCUUCUUCUAAGACUUCUGAUAUUAAUUUGGGAGGUCAAUUUAACAUGUUGACUGAAAGUGAUAGUGGCGAGAUAUGUCAAUCACAAUGGGAAAAAUAUUUGCAAGAGGAAGAUAAUGUUGGAAAUAAGAAUGAUCUUGAGAGGUACUUGAUAGAUGAUAUGGAGUUAACCAAAGAUUUGAAUAUCAUGGCUUGGUGGAAAGAUGCAAGCAAAAGGUCAACUCCCAAAGAAUACAACAUUGAAGAUAUUCUAGAGGAAAUUCAAAAACUUGAAAUAGUUGAAAAAGAAUAUCCCGAUGAUGUUUUGAGCAUUGAUUAG